UCGCGUAAAAUAGGCCAAGCGGUUAAGUUCCAUCUAACGGGGAAUUUAAAAUUAUCCUAAAAAUGGUGUUCCUCGUACUUCUCGCCCUGAUCUUCGGCAUUCUGUUGACCGUAGUCAUCGUAAUCCUCAAGCUUUUGGGCCUCAAGCCGCCUCUGAUUUUUGGAAAAUACCCACUAAAGGGGAUUUUCUACCGGGUGAAGUUCUGGAUAGCUCUUUUGGUCCUUCGACGCCUGCGAUAUCGCAUCUAUCGGAGGAACGAGGAGCUGCUCGGUUCCGAGGAGCAUCUCUCGAAGAUCGAUCGUCCCCAGGAGCUGAGCAACGAUCCCAAGAGCUACGAUGUGGUGAGCUUCAUGGCGGCCAAUCGAGAGGGCCAGAAACUGAUGGUCACCUUGGAGCGGCGACGGCGAGGAGUCCUGAAGGCCGCCUUGUAUUUAUGGCUGCCCAAGGAGGGGCUCUUUAGCUCCCCGAAUCUCCCGGAUAUGAUAUAUUUCACCAGCGAGGAUGGCGGCGAGGAGAGCAGCGAGUUCCGCGGAGGCGGCUUCCAUGUUUAUGCCGAGGAAUCCAUGAAAGUGUGGCGCAUCAAGUACAAGGGUGUUUUGAAGAAGGGUUCCGAAGAAAUACCCGUGGACCUGGACCUCCGUUUCGAGAGCUCCUCUUCGGAGCAUUUCGAUUACAGCAGGGAUCUCAGUUCCUCGCUGAUCGCCGAUUCCAUUGCACGGGAGGCUUGGAAUGAGAAAUUCUACAGCCUGUUGCAGAGUGUCAAUCACAUUGUGGAUAGGCGAACCCAUUACGAGCAGAAUGGAGAGCUGGCGGGAAGAAUUCUGCUCCACACAGAAAAAAAAAUGCUCAAAAUGCUCGGCUUUCGGGAUCACAGCUUUGGCACCGAACGCUGCCUGAGUUCCAUCAAUAGGUAUGUUUAUUUCGCCCUGUUCCUGGACGAUGGCAGCAGCAUGGUGGUCGGAAAUCUCAGCCAGCCCUCCUUCUUCCUGUCCUCCCUGAAAGUGGGCUAUGUCUGCUCUCCCGAGGGGCGAUAUCAACCCCUUACAGGCAGCAACUUUGAGUUGUAUUCAUACGGGGAAAAGGGCAUUCCACCGCAGCACCAGAACUUUAUAGUCCACACCGCGGAGAAGGAGUACCUGGUGCAGAUCCAGGUGGAGGAAUCGGCGGUGCGCUAUGUGGGCGGCGACUGGGAGUCCAAGGUCUUCAAUCAGUUUGUCGCCUGUACAGUGAAUGGAGUCUCUGGCCAGGGACACGCCGAGUUCCUCUAUCGCCACAAGGGAGGAAGACCCGUGGAUAUAUCCUCGGGGGAUCCCAGCUGGUACCAGAACAUCAAGCGCUUCGAAAGAAGCCUCACUUUGCUGGAGGAUGGCGACGAAGGCGAUGGAGAUUUUAUCUUCUAGAAAUCAGAUUUCCCAUAUUUUUGUUUUUAGUCUCUAAGUUGAUAUAUACAUAUGCCUAUGGAGUACAUAUAAAAAUAUAUUUUAUUAUUUA